ACACGAGGACGCUAGAGGACGGCAAACAACAACUUCGCGGAAAAUACAAAUUGAAAUCAGCGAUGGGGAAGUUGUAUAAAAAAUUGACUUUAUUUUCCUUUAACGAGAAAUAAUAUGGCAUUCCGCAAUGGCUCCGAUUUUAAUGACAAUUGAAAUAGAAACUAACGUAAAAAAGCUAAUCAAAUCACUUUCAGGCUUUAAGGAAAAGUCUGAGAACUUUCAUACCUGUCUCCAAUUUGUAUUGUCCAAUUUUCGUUUUCAUCGUUUCUUAGAUGUAGAUAGUCACAAAGUGGAACGACAAAUUAAAGGAAUAUGUCAGAAAUUGGUAGUCCACUCAAGAGGUCAGAAAGCAGAUUCAUUGCAACGUUUAUUUAAGACUUUCUUACACUCACCGAUAUCAAGAACAACACAGCACCCUAAGACUGAUGUACACUAUGGCCUUGUUUCCCUUCUGGUUUGUCUUGCUAACACCCCAACAGAGAAUGAUUACCAAGAAAAAGAAAAGGCUGAAGAAACUGAAAAAGAGCCAGAAUUUGAUUGGACUAGUUACCUUUUGGAAGGACUUGAAUUAGAUGACCAACAUCUUUAUCCUGACUCCCCAGAGGAAUGGUCUGAGGAUGAUGAGGAUAAUGUCAAUCAGCAAGAUACUGGUAUUGAGGAUACAUCAGUCACAAAAUCAAGCUGUAUAGUAACACAGCUGAAUACAACUUUAGGGGCUGGUGCAGGAGACUGUAGGAAUUGGUUAGAAAAAAAUGUAGUUGUUCAGUACUGGAAUGGUGAAGUAGAUACAACAGUACCUAACCAGUAUGUGGCAGCUAAUGUAGCAAACGUAUGGGAUGCUUAUGCCAGUGAUGUAAACCCUAUACACGUUGCUGCUAACAUGCGUGUUGUCACAGAAACUCAGCUGAUCAGGGAAACUCUGUGGAUACUAAUGGGCAGUCCAUGUUCGUAUGCAUAUGAGGUCAAGGAUCAAAUAUUGACCCCUAGACCUGAUAUUAAAGUUUCUCACUUGACACCUUCGCGAUUUCAUGAAAGUAAAUCAAUACUGCUCUACACUAAUUUUUUUCAUUUACAGAAGAAUAUUAUGUUGUCUGUGUGGUUAAAGUCUAUUAAACCAUAUCUGAACAUCAUUGAUACUUGGAUCUCACAGGGAACUCUGCCAACACACUCACAGGAAUUCUUGAUCAGAAGAAAUGAAGAAGUUGAAAUUGAUAGUGAAACGUUCUGGUCAGAGGGGUAUAUCCUUCAGACUCGUUGCCAGAAUGGUGUUGAUGUGGCAUCGUCGUCUCACAGUGGUGUGCCCACUUUCCUAGAGCCCAUCGUUGAACAAGUCCUUCUUGCUGGCAAGUCUAUGCAGCUGAUAGAAGCUUUGGGUAAACUCUCUGGGUCAAUAAGGAGUAGUCAGCUUUCCAUCUACUCAGAUUUUAUGGAAUCACUCCAGCAGACAUUUGGGGAAAAGUUUACAAGUAGUGAUAAACAGCAGCAAAUGACAUCUGAACCAGUACAGAGGGAACCAUGGACAGCAACAUGUGGAGAUAUCUUUCUCCAUCAAAGUUUUAUGGAACUCUUUUCAUUAGAGUGGUUCAAAGUUGAAAAUUCAAAGCCUAAAGAAAAGGUCGUAAAUAUAUCUGAUCUGAAUCUACAACCCAUACAGCUGAUGCUACAUCGAUGCUUGUACCCAUUCAUUGAGGUCAAAUGUCAGAGAGCAUGUCAGUCGCUCAUGAAACUGUUUCGGACAGACUACAAACUUCUUGAUUUUCUCACAUCACUUAGGAAGUUCUACCUACUUGAAGCUGGUGAUACAAUGUAUGACUUUUACUCCAAUCUUUUUGAUAAGUUGAGAUUUAAUGAGCCUUGGCAGGAUUUGACUUAUCUAAACCUUCAACUCCAGGAAGCAUUACAAGCUAAAUACCCAAAUGAAACUAACAGACUGACAGCUGGAGUAGAAGACGUAAAGUUGACAUCUAAAAAAGCUAGCCAACCGAUCCAUGCUCUUGAUGGUCUCACCAUUCACUACAAGGUUCCAUGGCCUGUUAAUCUCAUAAUCAACCCAAGCUGUUUGAAAAUAUACAACCAGAUUCACACUUUCCUCGUUCAAGUGAAAAGAGCUAAAUAUGCUCUGGAUCAGUUAAGGCCUAUAGAUUUAAGCCCAUCCAGUAUACAUGACUCUGAUGGUGAUGAUAGAAGCUCAGUACUCUUGAUACAUACGGAUAAGUCAGAUCUGUUUCAUAAGAUGUUCAUAAUGAGAAUGAAUCUAAUGCAUUUUUUAAACAGCCUUCAUGUCUACCUCAUGACAAGGAUUCUACAUGGCACUGGACUAGAAUACCAAGGUCGACUGGAGAAUGCAUCUGACAUCGAUGAGAUCAUGAGAGUUCACCAGGAAUACAUGACGGUCAUUUUUGAACGGUGUCUGCUGCACAAGAAGGUUGGUUUUGUAAAAGAGGCCAUAAUGAAGGUGUUGAACCUAUCAGUUGUUUUCCAGCGUACCUGGGAUGCUGGUAUUUUGAACUUGAGUCAAGAGCGGUAUUCCAAGAUGGCUGAUGAGUUGAAGAAGUGUAACACCUUCUUAGUAACCCUUCUUACUACCAUUGUGAAACGAGGUGCCUUCCCACAUCUUGAAGGCUUGGCACUGGCUCUUACCUACGGGAACGAUAGAAAAGAUGAUGCUUCAGAAAAGACGUGAUGAUCUUGAGAAUAUACCUCUACAUUGUUGAUGGCCCUGUAUAAUAAUUUCCAUGCCCUGAUCAUUUAAAGCAUUGGUGAUAUUCAGCUUAGGGGGUAAUAGGUGGCAUCAGAGAGACCAGGCAGCAGGGGCCCCUGUUAUUUUGGCCCCAGUCAGUAAACUUGGCCUAUAAUAUGGCACUUAACAUCGCCAAAAUUUUUCCCACAUAACUUUAGCCCAGUGGCAUACUGGAGGAAACAUUGUUAGGUAUCUGUUUCCUAUGGUAUGGGAGCGAAGCAAGCAUUUAGGCUGGGGACCAGGAGCCUGCAAGGGCCUGCAGUAGGGUACAGGGAAUGUAUGGAUAUUUAAAAAAUUUGCAUCAUGCUACUGUAAUAUGACUUCAUAAUUGUUAUAAUGUUGACACAAAAGUCAAGGUUUCUUCCACGUACGAUCACAAUAAAUUCCGAACAUUAUGAGGGUAGGCUUAUCCAUGAUGAACUAACUAAGCCUAAACUAUGCCUUUUGGACUACAUCGUCAUUGCUAUAAAAUCAUUUAUGAAUAACAAAUAAAAAGAUUUUACAUGCCUCUUAGCUGGCUGGCAUAUAAGUAAGGCCAAGGAGGCCUGACUUCCACAACUUAGGUAGUAGGCCUAGCAUGAGCGACCACUCUACUGUUCACAUGACAAUGAAGAAGUUAAGUUUUGCCAGUGACACACUUGGUUUGGGACGCUGAGGCCAGGGCCUUUUUGGGUCCCGGUCGCCAAUUCCAUUGUGGAAUUUUCGGUGUGUUCGUGUUUGUAUCAUGUUUGUCAUUAUAUUCUAAAUAUUUCUAAUGACAAAAUAAAUGAUAUGAUCAGUGGCGGAUCGAUGAAUUUGAAGUAGAGGGCGCCCUGGGAGGGACUUUCACAGACUAAUGGUCGGACCUCAGCCCCACCAUGGUUGGGGCUGGCUGAGGUAAAAAAUUAAUGAUUAUGGCGCCUCUAGAUGGCCGGAAAUGGCCCUCAUAGAUUUAUAAUUUAAAUAUGAUGUUCUUUUUAUCUCCAUUUUAAAAAUAUUGACAUAUGUAGGGGUCCCUAAGGGUCGGGGGGAAAGCGGACUGCCCCACAAGAGCUUAUAGGCAUUAAUUUAUGUUAUCCACUACAUGCACAUUACUAAUAGAUCGUUAAAUGAUAUUCAAAUCUAACUGAUUAGUUACAAAUAAUUUUAUGAUAAAUUUUAUACUAUAGAAAUCCAAGGUUUAUCGAUUGUACUGGAGGUCUAGGUUCACGAUAAUAGAGUGAGUAUUUGGACACCAUCAAUGCCGCAUAAUGUUAGUACUAUCAGAUACCUCAUUUCGUCAAAAACUACAUUGUGAUCCUCAUGUACUGCAAGCUUGUUCAUUGUGAAGAUAGCUUUUAGGUAUCAGACUAAUACUUUUCAAUGGGUGUGGCCACCUGGGUUACUUUUAAUGUAAAAUCUGCAUAACAAUACUAAUUUUCGCUGUUUUCGUUACUUUGUCGAAUUUGGGAGAGCAUAAAAACAUGUUUUGGAAAGUUUGAAGGUAUUAGAAUAAUACUUGAAUACCACCUCCGUUUCUCCUUUACUUUAGCUGUAAUUAUCUGUGGGUCAGCCAUAUCCCCUACUCCGGGAUGCAUAGUUGUAAUAUACUGUAUAUUUUGUUGUAUGGAAAUCUUUUCCGAAAUACAAUAUUGAAUGAAUGAAUGAAUAUCUUUAGAAACUAACUAACCAUGGGAUAUGCUGGGAAGGUUUAUUUUUACAGUAUGUAAAACAACCAUUGGACUAUUAAACACAAACAUUAUGCCAAUCUUCCUUUUGUAUAUAACGAGAUAUGGUAAAAUAAUAAAGUAUAAACUGAUUUCUCA